AUGCCGAGUGGGGAUAUAGGCCGACACCACCCUACCAUGCCUCAAUCCUCGUUUGAUAGAAUUGCUGGUCUCAUUAAUAAAGCAUCUUUAACACCUUCAACUAGUGUUAAAGUAACUUAUUUGCUUAAAGUGAAGGAAUUGUUGAUACACCGCGAAAGCUCAUUGUUGGACAGCUUUUUUGAAGAUGUUGUUAAAUUUCAACGCGAUCCUAAUUCUCAAGUUAAAAAAGUUGUACUCAGCUUCAUCGAAGAAGCUUGUCGUGUUGAUACAGAUCUGCUGAAAAGAGCAGUAGGCGGAUUAUUCGACCUCUUUUCUACAGCGAUCCAACGAGAACCACCAUCUAUCAGUUUAUUAAAACGUCUUAUGUCAUCAAUGAUCCCAAUCUAUCGUACUGCAUUAUCGCGUGCUGUUAAAAUUGGUAUAAUUGAUUCUGGUGUAGCCAUUGGUAGUGGUAUUGGAAUCACUGCCCAUUCAACAGCUGAUAUCGCCUUGGAAACAUUUCGCAUCAUAGCUGGACUUAAAGAUGAACUUGUCCGAUUAAUGUUACCAAUGGAAGUAUCAGGGACAUCACUUUUUAGUCGAUAUCAUCAUUCUCCAAUCCUUCAUAAUGAUGUCUUACGAAUUCAAGCAAUUAGUCUAAUUGAAUGUGUAAUUAUUUUACACUCACGUCGACUACCAAACUCUGAAAUUCCACCUGCCAAUGAAGGUGAUAUAUCCUUAGAUCAGAUACCAGCGCUUACAGAUACCCAGUUAAAGUCAAUCUUAGAGGAGAGUACAGCUGCUUCAUCAGCUACUCUUCUUCCCGGUGUUUGUUUAGUUAGACCGCAUCGAUUGGCGGAGGAAGCUGAACGUUUAUUUGCAGGUUUAUCAAGUUGGCCGGUGCGUGGAAAGCCUAGUGUUACUGCAGGAUCAAUUACUUGCCCAGUAGUUAAAGCAGUAAUGGAUUCAUUAGUGAAUAUUGCAAAACAAAGACCACAAUUUAUGGAUCGUGUUGUACAAGCAUUUGAAACAGUUCAUGCAACCUUACCACCUCAUUUCUCACAUAAUCAAGUUAGUUACCUAAGAAAAAAGUUAAAAAAUGGUUUACUACAAUUAUUACCACAUCCAGAGGUUGUAUCAAAUUUACAAGGGCGCAUCACCAUUUUGCUAACUGAUCUGGGUGCUACUCAGGCAGAGGCAUUACAAGCAUUGCAAAGUCAUACAGAAUUAUCACGUUCACGUCUUUAUCCAGAUCCAAGUAAAUUUAUGGUUAGCUGUACAGAACCAGAUCAUGGUGAUGUUGACAUGCGACAGGAACUUUUUCACCAACAAUCAAUACCUCAGGUUACACAAGCUUCUUCAUCCACUGUUGUCUUUAGAACAACUCAUCUAAGUAAUAUACCGCCAACUGAUAUUAAACUAUCCUUCAGUAAUAGUCAGUCAAAAGGUACUCGGUCAACAACAACAGCAACACCAUCGACAACUCCAGUAACCAUUUCUACUACACUAUCUUCUACAGAUUCUGCCAAGGUACAGAUAGAGUCAACACCAAGUCAAAAAUAUGUGCCGACAACUUCUGGUGGAUUCACAUUAGCUGAGGCAUUACAAGCAUUGCAAAGUCAUACAGAAUUAUCACGUUCACGUCUUUAUCCAGAUCCAAGUAAAUUUAUGGUUAGCUGUACAGAACCAGAUCAUGGUGAUGUUGACAUGCGACAGGAACUUUUUCACCAACAAUCAAUACCUCAGGUUACACAAGCUUCUUCAUCCACUGUUGUCUUUAGAACAACUCAUCUAAGUAAUAUACCGCCAACUGAUAUUAAACUAUCCUUCAGUAAUAGUCAGUCAAAAGGUACUCGGUCAACAACAACAGCAACACCAUCGACAACUCCAGUAACCAUUUCUACUACACUAUCUUCUACAGAUUCUGCCAAGGUACAGAUAGAGUCAACACCAAGUCAAAAAUAUGUGCCGACAACUUCUGGUGGAUUCACAUUAGCUGAGGCAGAAGUAGCUCUUCAAUUUGAUGAUGACGAUGAAGAUGAUGAAGACAUUGAGAUACCUCGUUCAUCUAUACGUCUAAAGAAGAAGAAUAGACUGUCAUCUAGUUUUUCUAAUAUUACAGGUUAUCUAACACAUAGUGGUAGUGAAAAUAAAUUGAUAACUUCAAAAACUGGGUCUAUAAAUGUUAAAAGUCAAGUGCCAGAAGUUGAAUUGAUCACAUCAAGAAUAGUGCCUAAACUGACAACAGCUAAUGUCUGUGAUUUAGUUCUACUCAGUAUGGUCAGUUUACCAACUCAAAUGCCUGCAUCAUUUCAUUCCACGUGUACACCGAUAGCAGCUGCUGGGACAUCAACACAAAUACGUCAUUUAGCCCGUAUGCUUGCUGUCCAAUUGAGUGUAUGGGCUACUGAAGGUGGGCUGUAUGAAGUAGCUGAUCGGAUAAUUGAAUUGGAGACUUUGUUAAUUCCUGUUGACGAUGCAGUUGAUGAUCGUGGUGGUAGUCAAAGUGAACCACGUACUUCUGAACAAGGCAGUGAUAUACAAAAAGAAUCAAUGAAAUCUAAAAAACGACGUUUGCAUAUGUUAAAUGAUCAGACAUCAGAUGAAAAUGAUCCAGAGGCGGAGGAUGCUGUGAUUCGUGCUAAUGCUGCACGUAAAAUGCACACUGCACAAACCAUGAAUAUCUCCACCCUAGUUGGAUAUGGCAAACAACAGCAACAACAAAUGAUCAAUGAAUCUUUGGAUAUAAAAAUGCUUCCACCUGGUGUACCUAGUGGUAUGACGCCAAUGUUCACUGGUCAGAAUACCAUGUCUUUACCGCCUGAAAUGCCACCAAAUAUGCUGAUGAUUGGCUUUAAUCCUUCUCAACCGCCGCCACCACUAUUAAUGCCUAUGAUGAUGCCACCGGGUAUGAUAACACCACCAGCACAAACACCGUCACAAGCAUCAGCGGCUGCGACGUCACUACGACAACAGCCAACAGUAAUGUCAGGUCAAGCAACACUUGGCAAUGUGUCCUUUAAUCAGCAUACCAGUUCAACUAUACCUAUGCCUCAGGCGGAUUUAAUCGUCCCUUCAUCUGUCCGACCAUUUUCACUCGACGCUGUAACUGCCCCUCUCAGUCGUGAUGUUCAACGUCAGCUGGCACGUGAUGCAUUCAUGCGUAUUUUAGAUGGUUUAGAAGCACCAUACACACGUGCUCAACCGGCUGGAGCAUAUUUAAUUAGUGGCCAGUAUGAUGUCAUUCGGAUGGAUAUAUUAGUACGGCUUGCAACACGUCGUUUCGGUGGAAAUGAAUUCUAUAAUAUACUGGUUGAUCGUGCUAUAAAAAAUCUUAGUUACGGUUUCGAAUUAUUAUCAAAAUUACUUAUGCAAGAGUAUUGUCGUUUCCGUGGUUUCCAGUUAGCUGGUUUCAGCAGAUUCAUGGAUUCACGUCGACAUCAAUUAUCUGUGUCAAGAGAAGUAAGAUGUAAACGAUUGGAAUCAUCUAUAGAAAAUGGUUGUAAUAAUAAUAAUCCUAAUUCAUGUGAGAAAUUAUCAAAAGCCGAUGAUAAUAAUAAAAGUAUGCUGUCAGAUACGAACGGAGAUGCUGCCAACACAGACGCCAGUGAUAAUCAUGAGAAGACUACCGAAGAGGAUAUUAGACGUCAAGAUAUGUCUACAGAUGAAAUCUCUCAUGGAGGUGAAAAGCACAAGAAGAAGAGUAAUAAUACUAGUGAUAAUACGAAGAGGAAACUCUUAGAUAACAGUUCAAUGAAACCAAAAUGCACAGAUGAUGAGGAACCUAACGAAGAAGAGGAAAGCGACGAAGACGAUGCUGUGGCAGACAAAGCAGAUGGGGAUGAAGAGACGAAGUCAUCAUUAUCCAAUUCUUCUUCUUUGAAAGAUACUCCUAGAAGACAAUCGAAAAAACCAAAGGAGGAGGUUUCAGGAGAUUUGAAACUAUCUAGUAAGGAUAAAUUAAGUAUUCUGAAGGCACCAGUAGCUCCUCCAGACGACUUGGGCUGCCUAUCAUUUUAUGAUUAUAUAUUUAUUGAAGUUCUGCAAAAAUUAUCCAACCCGGAAAUACGUCCAAGAUUUCUAACGGAAGCACCUUUAAUAACCCGUGGUGCAAUCAAUGAAUUAAAACGGUAUUGUUCAAAACCGGAACAAGCAACUUAUGGCUUUGAGAUUCUACGUACACUCAUUGCAACACGCUCAAUCCAUCUAAGAGAAGAUCUACUGAAUAUGUUACUACACUUUUGUUCUGUUGAUGGACUGGAAGUACGUAAAGCAGCACUGACAGCUACAAGAGAAUUGGCGAACUAUGCUUCUCGCUGGCGAGAAAAUAUAGAGAUGUUUGCUGUACAAACGCUUAAAAAAUUGCUACAACCACGUCCAACUCCUGAUAUAUUUCCAUUUCUUAAUCAUGCUUCAAUACCGUCCACAUGGACAGAUAAAGCGUGUCAAGCAUGUGCGCAUUUAUUUCUUGGUUUGAUGCUAGAAAGUCCAUCACUUAUGCAUAAGUUAGCUGAAGUAUAUACUCACGCUAGUCCAGAUAUUAAACGAUGUCUACUGAGAAUGCUGGAUUCUCCAAUUCUACGUACACUCAUUGCAACACGCUCAAUCCAUCUAAGAGAAGAUCUACUGAAUAUGUUACUACACUUUUGUUCUGUUGAUGGACUGGAAGUACGUAAAGCAGCACUGACAGCUACAAGAGAAUUGGCGAACUAUGCUUCUCGCUGGCGAGAAAAUAUAGAGAUGUUUGCUGUACAAACGCUUAAAAAAUUGCUACAACCACGUCCAACUCCUGAUAUAUUUCCAUUUCUUAAUCAUGCUUCAAUACCGUCCACAUGGACAGAUAAAGCGUGUCAAGCAUGUGCGCAUUUAUUUCUUGGUUUGAUGCUAGAAAGUCCAUCACUUAUGCAUAAGUUAGCUGAAGUAUAUACUCACGCUAGUCCAGAUAUUAAACGAUGUCUACUGAGAAUGCUGGAUUCUCCACGUAUUCAUAUUUCAAAAGCAAUUGUUGAAGUUCUAGAACAUGUACCUACACCACCUCGUGUACCGACACCUGAGGAUCGCAUGAAACCCGAUACUUUUGUUGUUUGUGAUGGUGGUGACGGUGAUGACGGUACAGCAGUUAAAGAAGAAAAUACCACUACUCAACCUGGAAACAACAGUCCAACAUCAUCAGGUCCAGGUAUACCUACACGUGGGGAAAUGUCACACCAUGAUACACCAUCAUUUAUUCCGGCUGGAAUGUUCAAUCAACCAACUACUAAUAUCCCUGUGAUGAAUAUAGAUACCACUACAUCUAAUGGAAUCGAUAAUCAAUGUCAUCAAAUCCCUGGGUUGAAAAAUCCUAUACAACAAGCCGCCGGAUCAUACAAUCCACCGUCUAGUCAAUCAAAUCUUCUUAAAGCAACAACAGCAACUACCUCCACCACAACGACAACAACACCAUAG